AUGGCAACUGCCAGAAAAAUAAAAAUAUUAUGCUCAACAUGCCAAAAAGCAGCGGGUGUCUUAACCUGUCGAGGAUGUAAUAAUGCAUUUUGUUCUCGUGAUGUUAUUAAACAUCGACAACAACUAAACAGACAAAUGGAUGAAGUAGGUGCCAGUCAUGAUCAGUUACAACAAUUAAUUGUCGAACACGAAGCACAACCUAAAUGUCAUCCUCUAAUGGAGCGGAUCGACAAAUGGGAACAGGAAUCAAUUACUAAAAUACAUCAGGCAGCUGAUGAUGCUCGAAAACAAAUCCUAACGAUUAUUGGUACGCAUAGAGCUCAGGUGACAGAUAAUUUAGCAGUUCUUACUCAAGAAUUAAGCAGAGCUCGUGAUGAAGAUGAUUAUGUCGAAACAGAGUUGAAGGAAUGGAUGGAAAAACUUGAUCAAUUGAAAAUUGACUUAAAUGCAGCUCAGACAGUAUACUUCGACCAGAAUGAUAGUAAGACUUGA